AUGGCCAGGACCAAGCAGACGGCUCGUAAGUCUACUGGUGGCAAAGCCCCGCGUAAGCAGUUAGCUACUAAAGCUGCUCGGAAGAGCGCUCCUGCCACUGGUGGAGUGAAAAAACCUCAUCGCUACCGACCCGGGACUGUAGCCCUGCGAGAGAUCCGCCGCUACCAGAAAUCUACUGAGCUGCUUAUCCGCAAGCUGCCCUUCCAGCGCCUGGUGCGUGAAAUCGCCCAGGACUUCAAGACCGAUUUGCGCUUUCAGAGCUCGGCCGUUAUGGCCCUGCAGGAGGCGAGCGAAGCCUAUUUGGUGGGGCUCUUUGAAGACACUAACCUGUGCGCUAUUCACGCCAAGAGAGUCACCAUCAUGCCCAAGGACAUCCAGUUAGCCCGGCGUAUCCGUGGACAUCGCCAAAGGGGCGGCGGGGCUUCUGUUUUGAAUUACAUUUGUGGAAGUUCAAAAUGAAGUCAAAUUUGAAACUUUAUAAGAAAUAUUUUACAGCAAGUAAGUUCGCAUUCUCCAAAAAUCUUGUGUUCAAGCUAUAAAAUAUCCUUUUAGUGUAAGUGUAGCAGCUUUUGGAAGAGCCUUGGGAUAUUUUUUUACUUGUUUUGUUUUUCAAAAUGCCCAGAAGAUGGUUGGAAUCUUCUGAGCCCUCUCACGCCGGAUACGCCGGUAUACGGAAGGAAGCAAAUGUCAUUGGACAAUUUGAAAAAUUGAAAACCCCGCUCCGUGGUUUAGGAAAUACAUUCCUCCCUCAUUGAUUCCUCAGAGUGAAGCUCAUGGGCCUAAUGCAUGAACCUUGCGCCUCCCUGAGUGGCCCUUUUGUAUUGUUUCCUCUCUUACUUUUUUUUUUUUUUAAAUAAACACUUCCACUCCACUGCAUGCAUGCACUCUCCCAUAUUUCUUUUUCA